AUACCAUCUUGCUCCGCAGGAGGAUUCCUCAAUAUGUCGCCGCUGCUGCAGGUUUUCCCCUUUGCGUAAGAUAGUCGAUUUCAGGGGGAGCUGGUAAAUUUUUCCGGGCUAACCUUUGUGAAACCUCGAAACCUUCGUGAUAUCCGUGUGACGGUUUUGUGUUUGCGUGCUAAAUUGCGGUGUAUCAAACGAUGUGCAUGACGUUGAGAGUCAAAGGGUUAAUGACUGUGAGCAAUCGCAUCGUCGCGACGACAAUGACGGCGACCGACGACGUGCGGCUGGGAGAAACACGGAGGGCAACAUCGGCGAACAUGUCGGAAUUAUUAAAUGCCGCCGUAGCGCCAUAAUGAACAUCCGCUUGCAUGGGUGGAUUCUCGUUGGGAUGCGGCCUCGGCUGGAGCGCGCCGUCCGUCGAAAUACUGAGGACCCAAUUGGACGACUUCGCGAUAAACCUGAUCGCGUCGGUGUUCCCGAUAGGCGCGGCGCUAGGCACUCUCACCGUGCCCCUGCUGUUCGACAGGAUCGGCCGGAAGUGGACGAUGAUGGCCAUGGUGCCGGUCUUCGUCGGCGGCUGGAUCCUGCUCAUUUGCGCGGGCACGAUGGUACCGUUCUACGUGAUGGGCAGGCUCGUGACCGGCGCCUGUGGCGGCAUGUGCUGCGUCCUCGCGCCCAUGUACUCCGCGGAGAUCUCCGAGAAGCAGAUCAGAGGGACGACGGGCGUCUUCUUCCAGUUGCUGCUCGUGAUCGGUGUGCUGUACGUGUACUGCAGCGGUUUCACGCGAAGCGUGGUCGGGAUAUCCAUCUUCUGUUGCAUCGCGCCGAUCGUGUUCGGCGUGACGUUGGCCUUCAUGCCGGAGAGCCCGUUGUACUACUUGAUCAAAAAUAAGGAAGAAGACGCGGAAAAGUCCAUGCGAUUCUUUCGCGGCCCUGAUUUCGAUAUCGUGCCGGAGAUGAACGCGUUCAAGGAACAAGUGGAGAGAAGCAAACUUGAAAGACCAGGUAUCUCGGCCUUCAUGAGAAAGCCCGUGCUGAAGACUCUGGGUGUGGCCUACGGUCUAAUGUUUGCCCAGCAACUCAGCGGCAUUAACGCCAUAAUAUUCUACGGCUUCACGAUCCUCGAGGCGACAGGCGUCGGCUUGGAGUCGCAGGUGGAGCUGGUCAUCUUCGGCAGCGUCCAGGUGGUAGCUUGCGUGGCGGCGACACUGUUGAUCGACAAGCUCGGACGCAAGCUGCUCAUGGCGAUCUCCUUGGCGACGAUGUGCGUCUGCUUGGCGGCCUUGGCGGGUUUCUUCAUCCUGAAGAACUAUCAGCCGGAGCUGGCAGAUCGAAUGCACUGGCUGCCACUCACGUCGGUGUGCGUCUACAUACUCGUCUUCUGCCUCGGAGCUGGUCCAAUUCCGUGGGCCUACAUGGGCGAGAUUUUCCCCACGCGCUUGAAGGGCGCAGCGUCGUCUAGCGCAGCUUUCUUCAAUUGGCUAUUGGCAUUUACGGUUACGAUGGUAUUUCCAAGCGCCGCUGAAGUACUAGAUUACUCCGUGGUGUUUGCCUUCUUCGCCCUGAUGUGCGCCCUCAGCUUGUUAUUCGUGAUCUUCUUCAUGGUGGAGACCAAAGACAAGACAUUUGCGGAAAUUGAGCAGGCAUAUGGGACCCUCGCGCAGAAUCAAGAGUCCAAUGUGUAGUGAAGCAAAGAAUUUCCCACACGAAACAGUCACCCGUCAAACAAGCAAGCGAAGCUUCUCAAGGAAGGUGAAUAGGGAUGAGGAUUUGUCAUGUUUAUUUGAUCAUACGGUUUGAUGCAUCGACCAAUUUUAAAGUUAUCGUUUGUCGAUGGGGUAUACAACAUUCUCGAUAUUACAGAAAUGAAAAAUUACAAAAGCAAAUUGUAAAAGUGCUAUUAAAAUGAAUCUUUUAUCCCUUUCAA